AUGGCGACGCGAGCACGUCUUCCCCCGGUUUACUCGGAUCCACUCACAGACGACGACCGCAAGAUUCUCGCCCUCUCCCUCGCACAGAUCGUCGACGAGUGCAACGCCCGCACCCUCUGCCCACGAGAUAUCCUGCACGCCUAUGGCAAGCGCGCUCUUCUGGCCCAGGACGCGACCAACUGCCUGUCCGACAUCAUGUUUCACGAGGCUGAGCGCGUUCCGCCGCUGCACCGACCACUCACCGGCGUCGUCGUGAGCCUUAAGGAUUGCAUCGACGUCGCAGGCCACGACACCACCCUCGGCUACUCGCGCAACGUCGGCCGCCCCGUGGAGGAGUCCGCACCAAUCGUGCGCCUCCUCCGCGAUGCCGGAGCGCUUAUUCACACCAAGACGACGGUGCCGACGGGUCUGCUAUCCUUCGAGACGACAUCCGACCUGUUCGGUGAGACGACAAAUCCGUACAAUCCAGCAUUCUCGCCGGGCGCGUCGACAGGCGGCGGCGCUGUGCUGGUUGCGUACCAGGGCAGCGUCGUCGAGAUUGGCACUGACAUCGGCGGGAGCACGCGCUUUCCGGCCGCAUAUUGCGGUGUAUACUCCGUCAAGUCCUCCGUGGGCCGCUUCCCGUCAGACGGCUGCGUGCCGUGCCUGCCCGGGCAGGAGUCCGCGCCAACGGUGACGUCGCCGAUCGCUCGCACGCUCGACGACCUGCAGGAGUUUUGGCAGCGCGUGGUGGAGAUGCGCCCGUGGAUGUACGAUCACACGUGUGUGCCUUUGCCAUGGCGGACGGUGGACUUUGUGCUGAGCGGACGGAAGCCGAAGUGGGGUGUGAUCUGGUCCGACGGCAUUGUGCCUCCAUCGCCCGCAUGCACCCGUGCGCUCGCGGAAACGGUUGCCGCACUUCGCCGUGCGGGACAUGAAGUCGUCGACUUCAAGCCCCCAUCCAUUCUUGAAGGCCUGAAGAUCGGCUACCAGCUUAUGUUCGCGGACGGAGGGGCGUCCCUCCGCUCCUUGCGCCGCUGGGGCGAGUCGACGAAUGGCGCACAGGCGGCGGCGCUACUGUUGCUCUCGCUGCCGCUAUGGAUCAAGGUCCUGUUCGCGUUCAUGCUGCGGACAUGCUCGCGGCCGUGGGGACGGAACGACACGUGGGCGGCGCUGGUGGAGGUGUUCAACGCGUGUUCGGUCGAACGGGAGCACGCGCUGAACGUAGAGCGGGAGCGGUACAAGCGGGCGUGGGGUGAAGCGAUGGCAGACCUGGACUUCCUGCUGACAGUCCCGCACGCAAUCCCGGCGGUACCGAAGGGCGGAAGCGACGCGGCGACACUGGUGUCGGCGAGUUAUGCGUUUUUGUUCAAUGUGCUGGACUACGCGGCAGGCGUGCAGCCAGUAAUGACGGUAGACGCGACGCGGGACGCGCUGCCGGCGGAGUAUGGAUAUGCGGAGAUGAACGACAUCGCGCGGGGCGUGUAUGGGCUGUACGACGCGGCGGCGAUGCACGGGCUGCCGGUCGCGGUGCAGGUUGUUGGUAGGCGGUUGGAGGAGGAGAAGGUCCUUGCGGGCAUGCGCGAGGUUGAGCGUGCGCUGUGGGAUGCGGGGAAGGGCUUUGUGCAGAAGAAGUUCUGA